AUGACACAUAUCCUUAACAUAGCAACAGCCCAGUCCCCAAAGAACGACAAUCUGCUCGUACGCUCCCUCUCUUUUACGAGCAUCGAGUGCCCUAAAACACAGCUGCCAGCCCGGAUUCCACGUGCAGGAUUGAGUCCCUGUGGCCCCCCCGUCCCUGCGCCCCCUGUGCCCCUCGCCCCUGCACCCCUCCCUUCGCCCCGGGCGCCCCUGCACCCCUCCCUUCGCCCCCCGCCUCUCGCCCUCGACGUGGCUGCGACGGAAGUACCCGAGCAGCGAGGACCGAGCGGGAGGAGCGGAGGCCAAGCUGCGGGCUCCCUCAAGCGGGCUCCCUCAAGCGGGCUCCCUCAAGCGGGCUCCUUCAAGCGGGCUCCUUCAAGAGGUUUCCCUUCAGAAGGCGGCGCUUUCUCCCUCAAGCCGGGCUCCUUGAAGCAGCGGUGCUCCUCUGAAGGCGGCCGUUUUCCUUUCUUCAAGUACAGCGGGCUCCUUCAGCCGGGCUUCGAAGCGGGGCUCCCUCAAGCGGGCUCCUUCAGGCGGGGCUCCUUCAAGGCGGGCUCGAGGGCGCUCCUUCAAGGGCUCCUUCAAGCGGGCUCCUUUUCAAGCCGGCUCCGAAGCGGUCCUUCAAGAGGGUUCCUUCAAGAGGGUUCCUUGAAGCGGGCUCCCUCAAGCGGGCUCCUUCAAGCGGGCUCCCUCAAGCGGGCUCCUUCAGGCGGGCUCCUUCAAGCGGGCUCCUUCAAGCGGGCUCCUUCAGCGGCGGGCUCCCUUCAGGCGGGCUCCUUCAAGCGGGCUCCUUCAAAGCGCGGCUCCUUCAAGCGGGUAUUCAAGCCUUCGCGGGCUCCUUCAAAGCGGCUCCUUCAAGCGGGUCCUUCAAGCGGGUUCCUUUCAGCUGGGCUCCCCUCAAGCGGGCUCCUUCAAGCGGGCUCCCUCAAAGCGGGCUCCUUGAAGCGAGCUCCUUUGAAGUGGGCCCCUUCAAGCGGGGCUCCUCUGAGGCGGGCUCCUUCAAGCGGGCUCCUUGAGGCGGGGCUCCUUUUCAAGCGGGUCUUCAAGCGGGUUCCUUCAAGCGGGUUCCUUCAAGCGGGUUCAAGCGGGUUCAAGCGGGCUCCUUCAGGCGGGCUCUCCUCAAGCGGCUCCUUCAAGCGGGGCUCCCUCAAGCGGGCUCAAGCGGGCUCCUUGAAAGCGGUGGGCUCCUUGAAGCGGCGGGCUCUCUCAAGCGGGCUCCUCUCAAGCGGGCUCUUGAAGCGGGCUCCUAAGCGGGCUCCUCAAGCGGGCGGGCUCCUUCAAGCUGGGCUCCCUCAAGCGGGCUCCUCAAGGGGCUCCUUCAGCGGGCCCUUCAAGCCCUCAAGCGGGCUCUUGAAGCAGGCGGGCUCCUUGAAGCGGGCCCUUGAAGCGGGCUCCUUCAAGCGGGCUCUUGAAGCGGGUCUCCUGCGGGCUCCUUCAAGCGGGCUCCCUCAAGCGGGCUCCUCAAGCGGGGCCAAGCGGCUCCUUGAAGCGGGCCCCUCUUGA